GAUAACUCUCCUCGCACGCCUCGUCUUCGUCGGUCUCUGCUGCUGCUGCUUCUUCUUCGUUCCCGUCGCAUUCGCCUCGCGAUUUCAUCAUCUUUUUCUUUGUAUUGAUCUAUUCGAUCUGAUUCGGAGCUACAGCGAGUCUUUUCGCUUGUGAUUGCAUGAUGGGUGGAGGCGUGUGCUAUGAUGGCUGGGAUCCCGUGUAUGACAUCGCCAAUACUGUCGUUCUCGUCGGAAAACUCGGCUACGGUAAAAGUGCGACUGGAAACAGCAUUCUAGGGAGGAAGGCAUUCGUGUCGAAAAACUGCCCUGUUGGCGUGACGAACACUUGCGAAAUGGAGAGCACCACUUUAGGAGAUGGACGUAUGGUUAAUGUUAUUGACACCCCCGGACUAUUUGAUUGGUCAGGUGGAUCCGAGUUUAUUGGCAAAGAGAUAGUAAAAUGCAUUACUAUGGCCAAGGACGGCAUUCAUGCGGUGCUUAUGGUUUUCUCUAUUAGAGCACGCUUCUCAGAAGAAGAAGAGACUACUAUCGAGAGGUUGCAGACUUUCUUUGGUGAGAAAAUUGUCGACCACAUGAUUGUUGUUUUUACUGGUGGAGAUGAUCUUGAAGAAGAUGGAAUGACCUUCAAGGAUUAUGUCGAUCAUGCCCCCAAACCUUUGCAGAAAAUUAUACAGUUGUGUAAAAACAGAGUGGUACUUUUCAAUAACAAGACCAAGGAUAAGGCUGUGCAAGCUGCGCAAGUCAAUGAAUUGUUUCGUCUUGUUGACUUGGUGUUAAGCAGUAACGGAGGAAAACCAUUUUCAGAUAAGAUUUUUGCUGAGCUUAAGGAUGGGGCAUCAAAAUUGCUUGAGAAAGAGAAAGUUGUUGAAUCCUUGAAGGGUUAUUCAGAACAACAGAUAAAUGAUUUGAAGCAAGAGAUUUAUAAGUCAUAUGAUGAGCAGCUCACACGGAUUACUAAGAUGGUAGAAGAGAAACUAAACAGUACUAUCGAGAAGCUCGAGAGACAGCUGGCUGAAGAGCAAGCUGCUAGAUUGGAAGCGGAGAAGUUCGCUACUGAAGCGAGGAUAAAAUCCGACGACGAGAUUCAAAAGCUCAAAGCUAGCCUGGAGAAGGCUUACAGAGAAAACGAGGAAUUCAGACAGCUCGCCGGGAGUAGGAAGUGCCACAUCCUUUAGUCUCCGCAUCAUCAGCAGACCAUAAUGCUCAAAAUCGAGUUUGCUUCUAUGGUUUCAUUGGCUCAGGUUUCCCAUUUUAGACGGCAUUUUUUGUGAAGUUGUUGUUGCACAGAAUCAUAGAUAAAACAUGUGUAUAUAGCGGUUUGAAUGACCCGAAUACGACUGUUGAAACUCCCUUGAAACCGGUUACAUAUUUGUUUUCCAACAUGAAGUUGUUUGGAACCAGCCAGUACUAAUGGAUCUGCUACAUGUAUACAGUACAAAGCUAAAAUCUCUGUUUGUUUGUUUGCUUA